CUCGUCUCGUCGUUUCUUCCAUUCUCAAACCCAUUGUCUUAGACACUCUCUUUCAUUGAAGCACGACACUCUUUGCCUCUCCAUCCGGCCAUUGUCCAGCCGAUAUACCAGCAAUAAUCCUCGUACCCUCCUUUCUUUUCUCUUCCCUGAUUUCAACCUAUUGCAAGAAGUUCUACCAGGUCCUCUCUCGUGCCAACCAUGACGAUGAUCACGCACAAGGGCAACUCGUCCAAACUACUACUAUUAUUCGGGGUGCUCGCUUCAACGAUAUCGCCAACGCAGGCCGUUGGCAUCCUGCUCCCACGAAGCAGCGACACCUGUCCCAGCGACUACACACACUGCUCGAGCAGCGGCCUUCCGAGCACCUUCUGCUGCCCCAGCAGCUCCACGUGCAUCAGUCUCGACGACGCCAGCUCCGCCAUCUGCUGCCCAGCCGGGCAGAGCUGCGACUACAUCGAACCCAUCACCUGCGACGUGCAGCUCCAAAACGCGACCGCCCACCCUAAGAACAGCGUCCACACCACCCGUCUCAACGAUAGCCUGGCCAAAUGCGGCUCGAAAUGCUGUCCCUUCGGCUAUACCUGCACGGGGGACUCUCUGUGCAGCAUGGACACAUCGACCGCAUCGACGGCAACCGCAUCCAGCUCCAGCACCGCAUCCACCUCCUCAAUUACCGCCACUACCUCCUCCUCUUCCUCCCUCGCAACCGCCAUCUCCGCCACAGACCCUCGCGUCUCCAAAUCCUCCGCCGCAGACAACACCAAUACCACCACCAACGCCACCAGCGCAACAGCAACACAUCUGAGUAAAUGCCCGCAGUACCCAACAGCCGCCGUUCUGGCCGGCUUCUUCCCCGGCGCCCUCCUCGGCGUAAGCGCCACCCUCCUCUCCCUGCUGCUGUACCGCCACCACCGCCGCAAGAACCUGCCCCCGUCCGCCAAGAUCGCCCAGUUCACCCACCGCUCCUCCAAGGGCACCCUCAUUGGGAUCUCCUCGCCCAUGCUCUCAGAGGAAACCGCCUACCGCACCGACUUCCUCCUCCGGCGGACGCAAUCGCGGGCCUCGAAGGCCACCACCACCAGCGGCUCCCGGUCGCGGUCCCGGUCGCGGUCCCGCUCGAUGAUCCAGAAGACCGGCGGCAGGGUCCGGAGUUUGUUCAACCCCCACAAUCCCGUGUACCAGCGGGAGGGCACAACCGUUAGGGGGGUUGCGGGUGGCGAGAUGGCGCUGGUUCCCGAGAAAGGCGGAGGAGGCAGCGGUGGUCGAAUUCCCGUGCCCGUCCCGCCGUUGCCGCUCAACAUCAACGGAAACCUCGUGGUGAAGCAGCCGCAGCAGCAGGAGGGGAAGGGCGGCGUGGUGACCUACAGCUCGGCGCCGGUGAUCCCGGCGUUGCCCAGGACGGAGAGUAUUCGGGUGUAUACGCCGCCGGGCGUGUUUGCGACCACGGGGGUCCUGAAGCCGGACGCGUACCCGACGAAUCCCAGGGCGAUGGAGGCGUUUUCGGAAGACCCGGAGGGUGGAUCGGGUGGUGGGCUGAGUAGAGGGAAUUCGAGGUUGGGGUCGCAGCGGAGGUAGAUGAUUUCAUGGUUGUAUGUUUGAGUGAGUGUAUGUAUGUAUACUGUUGAUUCUGUGGUGGUGUUUUGAGUAUAGCGUUGUUCUUCUUUGAUUUUUGGCCCUGGCCUAUCUUUGAACAGGUUGUUGCAUGGCUUAAUCGUAAUAAUUCUGGUUAUAUGUUUUAGCGAGGCAUUGCUUCUAUGUUGGUAUGCUUUGCUCAAAAAGAAAGAAAAAAA